AUGGCUGACUACGACCGUCGCAAUAAUGGUCACCGCGGGGGCGGUGGUGGUGGUCGCAAGCGCCGCUACCGAGAUGAUGAGGAUUAUGAUCGUCGUCCACAGCGCCGAAGAUAUGAGGAGCCACUCUUCGUGCAGAUUCGUCGGCAGCUUCUGACAAUUGCGGAAUCGGCUGCUCGCCGAGUCGAGGACGAUGUUGUGAGCAUUGCAAAGACCGUUGCUGAGAAUUAUGAAGACGAGGAGCUUCGCAACACUAUGAUCAAUAUUUCUCUAGACCUGGUCCUUGAACAACCGAUGAAAAUCCCCUUCGUUGCCGCGGUAGCUCUUUUUGCGUACAAAAACAAGCCAGAGCUUGGGACAGAGCUCAUCAACAAGACGGCUACGAUCUUGCAAAAAAACAUUGAGUCUGGAUCAUGGCGCGAAGUCAAACUUCUGGUCCGCUUUUUGGGUUGCUUGCAGCCCUUGUUCGAGGGCAAUGGGAUCUUCCCUUUGCUGGAGGAGUUCUUUGCCCGUGCGGUUGACCUUCAGACCACAUCGUCAGAAGAUCUGCUCGGUCUGGAGCUUGUGAAAAUCAUCCUGCUCACCAUCCCUUACAUCAUGUCGUCUCCUGCCACUGGCUUCGAAACCUUGGCGUCCAGCUUGCUCGAGAAAACGGAAAUCAUCGCAUCAACUCCACACAACCUGGUUGAUCUGGUGAAGACUUUCGGGGAGAAGGAGGAUGAACCUACCUCUGGCGCAAGCUUCAUCAGCGUUCUCCAGAACCAGCUCCAGGGGGAGGCAAGUAACCAGUGGGAACUGAAGUGCUUGUCUCGUCCCUGGAGGGAUGCCCGGGAAUCAGACAGUGAAGGUCAACAGCCAUUCGAGGUCGUCACCAAAAUUGCCUUCCCAGAGAUCACGGUCCCGAGUCCAGUGCCCUUUGGUCCACGCGCCCUCUUCCCGGAGGUCUAUCUCUCCGUGUACGCGAACCAGGAGGUUGACACCGUCCCUCCCAUUUCAGACAUCACCUCUUCACUCCUCAGAGACGCCAUGGUCGAUACACUCAACAAUCUUGACUUCAAUCGCGUGGCUACAGCCAAGUACUUGAUUGACGUGGAUUGUUAUUACACUCGCGAUACUUUUGUCAAGCGUGCAACUCCGUUUGAUCGAAUGCGGGACAUGGCGGGAGAGAACAAGGCUUGGAAACCUGAGGAUGUAGCAGUUGAUGCGGUUUUCUCGCAGCUCUUCCAGCUUCCAACUCCUGAGCAUAAGCUUGUGUAUUAUCACUCCGUUCUGACCGAAUGCUGCAAGAUCGCCCCUGCUGCUAUCGCACCUAGUCUGGGUCGUGCCAUUCGAUUCCUCUACAACAGUCUUGAGACGAUGGAUCUUGAACUUUCCAGCCGAUUCCUGGAUUGGUUCGCGCACCAUCUAAGCAACUUUGGGUUCACGUGGAAAUGGAGCGAAUGGGUGGAUGAUUUGGAACUUUCUGCCUUGCAUCCUCGCUUGGCUUUCAUCAACGGUGCCUUGGACAAGGAGAUUCGUCUUAGCUUUGCUCAGCGAAUCAAGGGAACUCUGCCUGAGCCAUACCUGCCUUUGAUCACGGAAGACAAGGAAAAGGAUACACCAGACUUCAAAUAUUCUUCCGAAGCAACUCCCUACGCAAAGCAAGGCCAAGAGCUUAUGCAGCUCAUCCGAAAGAAAGCCACCGACGAUGAACUUCAGCCUGUACUGGCCGCAAUUGAGGAGCAGGCUCAAGCUCAAGGAGUGCAGGAACCUAAGAUCCCGUCCACAGACGCUCUCGUAACAUCGAUCUGUUUCGUGGGCUCCAAAUCUCUAUCCCACGUCUUGUCAUGCAUCGAACGGAACAAGGAUCGGCUCUUGGCCAUUGGUUCAGCCUCCGAGAAGGGUCGCUUGCAGAUCAUCACGUCCGUAAUGGAGUACUGGGCCAAUCAACCCGGCAUUGCCAUCAACAUUGUGGACAAACUACUCAACUACACCAUUAUCAGCCCGCUUUCUGUCCUGGAAUGGGCACUCACGGAACACAUUGAUGCUGGCGCUAUCCUCGCCAAAUCCCACAUUUACGAGAUGGUCUUUGCCACGGUGGGUAAAGUGACGAAUCGAAUGCGUCAGAUCGUGGCUGCUCGGUCCCAAAAAUCUCUCUACGAGCCUCAACUUAGCGUGCUCGAGGAGACUCUGAACCGCGAACGAACGGAGAUGCAAAAUCUUUUUAAAUUCAUCGAGGAUUCGCUCGUCUCUGUUGCCUCCGGCAGUAACGACGAGUUGAUGGAGCGUGGUGAUGGAUCCGGCGAAUCACCCGAACACGCCAUCCUUCGUCAGUGGGGCCGUCGCUGGCUACGUGUUUUCCGUCGAAAGGCUCUGGUGGAAGAGGCGUUUAUCGCGGCGGCAUUGCUGGAUGCCACCCCCGUGGGUACUCAGGCCCCGGCCGGCGAGGAAACCGCGGAUACGGCGGCUGACGGAGAUCUUGCGAUUCCCGACGCCGAUGUGAAUGCCGAUGUCAAUGUCGACGCAUAG